UGCCGGAGGCCAAAGACUUUCGCGAGGGUGGACGCGCCGCGUUUUCUGCCGGACCUCUUUUGCUCUAUCUACACCUAUCUGUCCCCUCCUCUCCUCUCCGUCUGCUGAUCGCGAUUACGCGACGACUGGUCUGGUGGUCUGGCCGCGCACGUAUGACCCUGCAUCGCCACCACCGCGUGCACUUUCGCGCUCGGCUACAUCAGCAUCGACCUCGACACCACCGUGAUAGCCAGCUUCCUUACCGCGUACGCCGACGAUCUCGAUCUCGAUCGCGAUCGUGAUCACGAUCACGAUCUCGUACGGUGCUCGCCUGUACGUGGCGCGGAAGAGGAACAACGCGAAAACGUGAGCACGACGAGGAUCGCGACCGUGUGACGUUCGACCGGCGAUUCUACCGGGUGCAAGGUUCACCGUGGUCCAAGGACAAGAUCAAAGGAUGCUGGCCCGCUGCCUAAUCUGUAUCGGUGCAGUCGCAGCAGUGACGUCGGCCGGCGGUCACGGGUUCGACGCGCAUUUACGUGGACCCAGUUUCGUCAUCGAGCCGUCGUCGAGGGUGGAAUUUUCAAAUUCGAGCGGAGCCUGGCUCGACUGUACCGCGACGGGAAGUCCACCGCCCAACAUCGAUUGGUCGACCGCGGACGGACAUCCGGUGAACGACGUAUCGGGCGUACGAAGGGUGCUCAGAAACGGCACGUUGGUCCUUUUACCGUUUCCGGCUGCCGCUUUCCGCCAGGAUGUGCACAGCGCGGCUUACAGAUGCGUCGCGAGCAAUUCCGUCGGCAGAGUGCUCAGCCGUGACGUGCAGGUCAGAGCAGUGGUGGCCCAAGCGUACAAAGUGGACGUGGAAGUGAUCGGGGGUGCUUCAAGGGGAUGCACCGCAGUAUUACGAUGCGUCGUUCCUAGCUUCGUGAAAGAUUUGGUGCGCGUAGUGUCCUGGUUACAGGAGCCCUCGUUUUACAUUUAUCCUUCCCUACAAGGAGACGGCAAAUUUCAUCUGCUGCCCACCGGCGAAUUGCUGGUCCAUAGCCUCGAAUUCAACGAUCAGAUACACGGUUACAGAUGUCGAACGAUGCAUCGUCUCACCAGACAGGUGGUCGUCAGUUCCAUGGCUAACGUGAGGAUAGCAGAUCACAGAGGGGUAAUGCCUCCGGUGAUUCUUGAAAACUCUGGGGUCGUUCACGUCGCGCAAGAUGAAUCAACGUCGUUAGUCUGCGUGGCGCAGGCCUGUCCUACUCCCGAAUAUCGAUGGUACGCGCAAACUGGUUCCGAACCAAUGCUAGUACUCUCUGGACCAAGGACUAGAUUGCUCGGCACUGUUCUGGCUCUCGAAGCAGUGACCUUAGAAGAUAGCGGGAUUUAUCGUUGUUCCGCGGCUAAUCCUGGGGGAGAAGCCAGUGCUGAAAUUCGACUGAUCGUAACCGCCCCGUUACACGUCGAGGUGACACCGCCAUUGCUGAGCGUCCAUUUGGGAGGUAAUGCCGAAUUUAGAUGCGAGGUCAGCACACAUCCACAAGCUGGACCACACUUUGUUACCUGGUACAAGGAUGGCCGCCAGCUGCCAGGCACUGGCAGACAAUCAGAAUUAUUGAGGUUGAACGGCAUCGGCAGAGAAGAUCGUGGAAUGUAUCAAUGUAUCGUCAGACGGGCGGAAGGGGACACUGCACAAGCCUCUGCCGAGCUUCAGUUGGGUGAUGCGCCACCGAUGCUGCUCUACUCGUUCAUCGAGCAAACCUUGCAACCCGGUCCUGCGGUAUCCUUGAAGUGUUCCGCCGCUGGCAACCCUACACCGCAAGUCUCAUGGGCGUUGGACGGAUUUCCUCUGCCAACUAACGGCAGGUUCGUGAUUGGUCAAUACGUGACGGUACACGGCGACGUGAUAUCGCACGUGAAUAUCAGCCACGUAAUGGUGGAGGAUGGAGGAGAAUAUUCCUGCACCGCUGAAAAUCGAGCUGGAAAAGUCACUCACGCUGCUCGCCUCAAUGUUUACGGUCUUCCAUACAUUCGACUGAUACCGAAAGUAACUGCGGUCGCAGGGGAGACUCUUCGUCUGAAGUGUCCAGUCGCCGGACACCCAAUCGAGGAGAUCAAAUGGGAACGAGCGAAUCGCGAGUUACCGGACGAUCUUCGGCAGAAGGUGCUUCCGGAUGGUACUCUGGUGAUCACCAGCGUGCAGAAGAAGGGCGACGCUGGUGUUUACACGUGUUCGGCGAGGAACAAGCAAGGGCACAGCGCGAGGAGAUCGGGAGACGUCGCAGUGAUCGUUCCUCCCAAAAUUAGCCCAUUCACGACAGAUCGUGAUAUUCAUCUCGGCGAACGAACCACGUUGACUUGCUCGGUGACAAGAGGUGAUCUGCCAUUGACCAUCUCUUGGCUGAAGGAUGGACGCGCGAUGGGACCGUCGGAACGCGUCACUGUCACCAAUAUGGAUCAGUACAAUAGCAUACUGAUGAUUGAAAGUUUAUCUCCAGAUCACAACGGCAACUACUCUUGCGUGGCUCGUAAUCUGGCCGCAGAGGUAUCACACACGCAGCGGCUUGUGGUUCAUGUACCCCCUAUUAUUGAGCCAUUUACGUUCCAAGAGGGACUAUCCGAGGGGAUGCGGACGCGGACGGUGUGCGGGGUCGCGGCGGGUGAUCCACCCUUAACGAUAUCCUGGCUAAAAGACGGCCAAACUCCUUUCCCAUUGCCGCCGAAUUUGGCAUCCGUCGCAAACGUCUCCCAACUGGAUCCUUACUCGAGCCUCCUCAGUAUAACGAACCUCGCGGCCGAGCACUCCGGCGACUAUACCUGCGUCGCCGCGAACCCCGCCGCCGAGGUCAGGUACACGGCCAAGCUACAGGUAAAAGUACCCCCGCGAUGGAUCGUCGAGCCGACGGACGUGAGCGUCGAAAGAAACAAACACGUCGCUUUGCAUUGUCAAGCUCAGGGCGUGCCUACCCCGACGAUCGUUUGGAAAAAAGCCACGGGAAGCAAAUCCGGUGAAUACGAGGAGUUGCGAGAAAGAGCGUACACGAAAAUCCUGAGUAAUGGUACCCUGUUAUUGCAACACGUGAAAGAAGACAGAGAAGGAUUUUAUCUCUGUCAAGCGAGUAACGGAAUUGGAAGCGGCAUCGGCAAAGUGGUACAGUUAAAAGUGAACUCAUCUCCGUAUUUUGCCGCACCGUCGAGGCUGGUCACGGUAAAGAAGGGUGACACCGCGACGCUGCAUUGCGAGGUACACGGUGACACCCCGGUCACCGUCACCUGGUUGAAGGGCGGGAAAAUCGAGUUAAAUCCGUCGACGAACUAUCGGGUCACGGUGAAACGAGAAGUAACACCGGACGGUGUGAUAGCACAAUUACAAAUUUCAUCGGCUGAAGCGUCCGACAGCGGCGCGUAUUUUUGUCAGGCGAGUAAUCUCUACGGUCGGGAUCAACAACUGGUGCAACUCCUCGUGCAAGAACCACCUCAGCCACCUAAUUCCCUGGAAACAGCGAUGGUUGCCAGUCGAAGUAUCAACGUAAAGUGGCAACAUAAAUCUCAAGAUAGCAGCGAGGUGACCAAAUAUAUUCUUCAGUACAAAGAAGGCGAUGGUGGCAUGUGGCAGCAGCAAGAAUUCACUGGUCCACCUUUACCGUACGCUGCCCUGAUCGAUGAAUUAAAACCAGCAACCAGAUACACGAUACGCGUGAUCGCGGAAGGACCAGCUGGUAGAUCGGUACCAUCGGCUGAGCUGGUUGUCAGGACCGAGCCACAAAGACCGGCUGGACCUCCGAUUAAUCUUGCAGCCAGAGCUCUGUCCUCGUCUGAAAUUUUAAUCACUUGGUCGCCACCGUUGCCCGAACUUCGACACGGUGACAUCCAGGGAUUCAACGUAGGCUACAGAGAAACGAGUUCCGCAAAUCCCUCGUACAACUUCAGCUCCGUGUCCGGGGACGGAGAAGAAGGGGGCGCAGAACUUCGACUAACAGGUCUUCGACCCUACACAAAGUACACUUUGGUGGUUCAAGCGUAUAAUCAAGUUGGAUCUGGACCACUUUCCGAGCCCUUGCUCACACAGACACUCGAAGAUGUUCCGAGUAUGCCACCGGAAGACGUAAGAUGCGCAGCAUUGACUUCGCAGUCUCUUCAGGUAACUUGGGAACCACCUCCUAAUACGCACAGUAAUGGUAUUAUUCAAGGGUACAAAUUGCAUUACGAACCGAUCUUGGCAGACAUCUGGCGCAGUGUCGAUGAAAUGGAAGUUCGUAAAACUAGCGCACUGACUACCGUGCUUACGGGGCUGAGAAAAUAUACUAAUUACACUAUUCAAGUAUUAGCCUUCACAAGAGUGGGAGAUGGAGUACCUACCACUGCAACUUAUUGUCAAACCGAAGAAGAUGUGCCAGGAAGUCCAGCAGACAUUAAAGUGGUAGUUAGCUCGCCACAGGCGCUCUUCAUCUCUUGGCUUCCACCCCUUGAACCAAAUGGAAUUAUUAUAAAAUAUAAUCUCUAUACAAGGGUUGUGGAUGGUCGAGAGGAACUGAAUCAUGGUAAAAAAACACUGCCAGCCACGAAUACUUUCUUCGAGGCCACUGAUUUACAGCAGCACGUAGAGUAUCAAUUUUGGGUGACCGGUAGCACCCGCGUAGGCGAAGGUCAAAGUUCCAGGGUGGCUGCACAGGUACCAACGAAUCGGGUACCAGCGAGAAUCACCUCCUUCGGAGGUCACGUAGUGCGACCGUGGAGAGGUUCUGCCACCCUAGCCUGCAACGCGGUUGGAGAUCCAACCAGAGAAUGGUACAAAGGUGCAGCCGAACAAAUUCGUACAGACACCACCAGAAACAUACAAAUCUUACCAUCCGGCGAGCUCGUCCUAUCUAAUUUACAAUCACAAGAUGGCGGUAAUUACACUUGCCAAGUGGAGAACGCUCAAGGAAGCGACAAGCUGCACUAUACUUUGACCGUGCAAGUGCCGCCCAGUGCACCUGUUCUCUACGUAACAAGUUCCACGUCGAGUAGUAUUUUAUUGCACUGGAAACCUGGACACUCUGGUGGUGCUCCACUCACAGGGUACACGUUGCAUUAUAGAACCACUCAUGGCAAUCUGGACGAGUUACAAUUAUCUCGUCAUGCUACGAGUCACGAAUUAAAGGGUCUCCUAUGCGGAAACACGUACCAAUUAUACCUGACAUCUCAUAAUAAAAUUGGUAGCAGCCCAUCGUCGCCUGUCCUUUCGGUUCGAACGCAAGGACAGGCGCCAGGAAUACCUCCAGCCGCAGCGUUCCUCAGUCCAAACUCGACCACGCUGGUUCUUCGACUUCACGUGUGGCCCGACAACGGUUGUCCGAUCCUCUACUUCGUGAUUCAAUACAGACCUAUCAACGAGUUCCACUGGACGCUGGUGUCGAACAGCGUGAAAAUGCAACGACGAUUCGUCGUGACGAAUCUGCAGCCAAGCUCCGUCUAUCAGCUUAAAGUCGAAGCCCAUAACGUAGCCGGCAGUAACCAAGCGGAGUUCACGUUCGUAACGUUGACGAAGGAAGGCGAACCGCCGCCCCCAGAAUUGUCGAAACGCGGGAUCACGUCAGCGGUACCGUUUUACGCGGACGUGAAGGUGAUGCUCCCUUUGAUCGCGGCCACCAUUGCCCUGCUCGUUGCUGUGGUGAUCGUAGCCCUUCGUUGGCGAAGCAGAUAUCUAGGUGAGAGAAUGCAACGUCCGAUGAAAGAGACCCAGGAGAAUCAACAGAACGCGGAGACUCAAAGGGAACGUUACUACGCGACGAUUCACAAGGUGGCUUUGCAACAAGGUGCAGGGCCCGACAAGAUUCCAGAGACAGCGGAGGACAUCUCGCCGUACGCUACGUUCCAGCUUUCGGAGGGUGGCGGGGGAAGCCUGGCAGGGUUGGGAGGGUUGGGAGGACUGGGAAGCGCGGCGGAAGCUUCGGCGGCCGGUCUCCACCCGAACAAUACGCUUCUACACAGUUUCAUGUAUCACGAGCACGCCAUGACCGAAGGCUGCGCAAGCCCUCCACCUGCCGCGACGAGCAUGAAGAGUGUUUCUUCGAGGAGGCGACAGCAGAGAAAGCAACAAACUCCGGGCGACGUCGAGAGCGACGAGAGCGAGUCUGACCCGGAUCAACUGACGAGCUCUCGCACGGAGUCUUCCAACCAGCUGGACGCUGGGAAACUCAAACAUAUUCGAGCCGUUUCAGACUUCAUUUAUCACGGUACGUCGAGCACUUCUUCAGACAUCUCACCCAUGUCAGAGCAGAAGUCUCUCCCUCGAAGAGGACGAUCUAGAUGGCAUGUUCCCAGCAGGAGCUCCCUACGUACGCUAUUACCGCCGAUCUCGGUGGCGGAGACCACGUUCGUAGGAGGUAAUCAGGGGAACGUUGUGCCGGGGAACGGUGAUCGCGCCGAUCGGCCGGAGCUCAGCGAAGCAGAGUGUGACAUCGACUCCUUGAAGAAGCUGAAACUCGGUCUUAGGAGCUCGCUGUGGUCAAGGCCGAGUACCCAAAAUAAUCCUUCCUCCGACUACUCUAUCGCCGUUUAAUUCGUUCACUAUCUCGUCCCGUGUGCCUCCUCUUCUUUCCCGUGUGUCCACGGUAGGCCAAGUAAGUAUCUUCUUCCUUACCCUUUUCUCCCCCAUGGUCCAAAGAGUUAGAUAAACGAAUCCUUCUAUCUGGUGUCUCGUCGAAUCUUCCGACGUGGUUAGAUUAAAAAAGAAAAAGAAAAUGAUGAAAGACAGAAGACAGGACGCGAGUCCGGUUUCCACUUUUCUCUCUGUCGAUUAUAGAUGAAAAUUAAAGAAUUAUAUUCGUUGCUAGGGAACGGCAGAUGGCUCGAUCAUAGAUAACGAGGAGAAAUCGUUGACGAGAAUGAGGAACACGCGUGCGACAUCGUUGAAAGUAUGAAAAGCCUGAUACACGGCAAUGUUUUUCAACCGGAACCUUGUCGUACCAUUGUCUUUCUCUUCUUUAUCUAUGGAAUAACGAGAUAUUACAACCGUGCAUGCGUGCAGAUGAAUUUGAGCGAAUGGUGAAGAGAUUGAAUGAGUUAAUCGCGUGUGUAGGAGUGCGUGCCAAACGACAAUUUGCUCAGACCGCUGCGACUCGUUUGCUGGCGACCCAUUCGAGACCAAAGACUUAAUCGUACGAACAGAGCACGGGAAAGUCCUCCGAGAAUCGGCUCGUCAUGGAAAACGACGCCGCGGAAAUUAUUACCGAUACGAGGAAGUUUCGCUUGAAACGCGAAACACGAUCGUUUCCAGCCUACUUCGAACGUUGCUCCUUUCAACCGGAGUUAGAAACUACGAAUGGAAGAACAGGUGAAUUAAAGAUUGAGAAAACGUUUACUAGAUUCCGAAGGAUUUCAUUAUUACGCAAUUAAUUACCACGAACGCGUAACUCUCGAUGCAAACCGGCAGGAUUUAUUUUGGUCACGAUGUACUCGCUGUUCUAAUACGACUCGUUCUUAGAUUCUAGACAAGUCCGUUGUUAUUUUUUGCAGCCACGUAGCCGGGUUCGCUUGUUGCGACAUUCAGCAACUCUCAAAUUAAUUUAACGAGCAACGUUCGUAGAAAAGCGUUCCUCUUAAAUUCUUCAGACUGAUUCCCUUCGUUCUUCCGAUCAAUUAUAGAUUACGUUAUCAUUGCUGCCAUCCGAUUAUUUCGAGAAACAGAGAGCGUCGUUUUCCAUGGUCGCGCUGGUCUCACCUGUGUCCAGUGCGUGCGUGGUAUUAGAAUCGGGAUGAGAGUUCGAAGGCGAGUGGCGAUUUGGCCGUUUUACGCAUCUAUUAGAAUUAUUGAGGGAACGUGUUAAGACGACGACGACGAUGACGACGACGAUCGAUCGUCGAAGGUUGGGCUCUGUUGCAUUGUAAAGUUUAUACGUACGUCUAAC